AGGCUUAAAAAGACAGGUUUGUGUAGCAACUAUCGACACACCAUGGCUGCUCUGGUUUGCGGAGCUGUUGUGUUUCCUGGACUUUUCUACGGUCUCGUGAAAAUAUUUAAGACUUACACGCGAUGGAGCGACGCCGACGUUUUUUGUGUGAGCGAAAGAUUGGUCUCUGCCGUCCAUGCAUCUUUAUCCACUGCAGCAGGAGUCACAGUUGCACUGAGCUGCAGAGACGUCAUUACUGACAGUCAUUGGCUGGUCAACAACUUUGUUCUGUUUGGAGCUCCCUACAUGGCAUUUGACAUCUAUACCAUGUAUCUGAGCCACUACCAUGCACAGAGGCUCACAGACAGUUCUCGUGUGCAUUCGCUUCAGACAGUGAGGGCUUUCCUCAACAAGGACUGGAUGUUGGUCCUCCAUCACGCAGUGCUGCUUCUCAUUUUUAUGCCCAUCACUUUGUUUUUCAGGAGAGGACUGGGAGAUUUCUUCAUUGGCUGUCUAUUCAUCACAGAGUUCAGCACUCCUUUCGUCUCCACAGGAAAGAUUCUCAUUCAGCUGCACCUCGAUGACACCAUACUGUACAGAAUUAAUGGCUUCAUCGUCCUCCUGACGUUCUUCACGUGUCGGAUCCUGCUCUUCCCCUUCAUGUACUGGGUGUAUGGCCGCCAGUUUGAGAUCCCGCUUCACAGAGUGGCCUUUCAUCUGCCUCUGAAGUGCAAUCUGGGUAACCUGCUCAUCCUGGCUCCACAGAUCUACUGGUUUAUCCUACUGCUAAAGAAGGCUAACAGACUCUACCUGAGAGCAAAGAAACAACAGGGGGAGAACAGAAAGGCAUGCUGAGAAGACUGGUCCAUUUGUAGCAACGAACUGCCUUUACAGUACAUCAUUGUUGCUUGUACCAUUUCUGACCAAACACUUUAGUAGAAUAUUUACUUAGGUUUUUUUAAUUGUGAAAUAAACACAAAAAUGAUAA